UCAGCUUUUGCAUUAUUUUGACGGCUAACUCAGAUGUGGCCUUGUUUAGAUCGUCGCAUAUGCAGUGUUAGGACAGAUAAAACGGACCACAGAUUGCGGAGGGCGAGCGCCUAGCGAGACCCGAGUGAAAGGUACGAUCAUAACAGAAGAGGAGGCAUUUGCAAUACGCAGCCAGUACCGUAGAGGCUACGUACGGGUUUACCGAUGCAUUCACGACGUUACGAGUCUUACGACUUCUCGUUUGUUGCUGGACAGUUCUCCUAUAGUUCAACUGCGUCAUCUUACGUGCCAUCCCAUGGCUCCUUCACCGCCGGUACCGCGCAGAAUCAUAGCCCAUUGAUACCUCCUUCUGCAUUAUAUCCAGGUAGCCCCUCGCCUUAUGCCCCCAAUGUACCCCUUCCCGGAGCUUCGCCAUAUCGUGGCUCCGUUCCCUUUCCACCUGCCUCAGGCGACGGUUCAACAAAUGGGUGGGUGCCCCCCGAUGAACGCAGGCACCCUGGGAACUUCGCCGCCGCUUCCGACUAUUCAUUCCCCAAUUCACCCUUAGGUGGCGGCCGUCAGCAAACCUCCUCAUACAAUAUUUACCAGCAGGUCCAAAUGAAUCCAUGGCUUACUGGAUACGUGCAAGCUGGACUCGGAUACCUGUGGUUCGACUUUUCGAUGGCUGCGUUCAACCCGAUCAGGGUGGAUAACAUGGGUAUACAGGUGCCGCUGGGUAUGAAUGAGCUUAACAGCCCGGCUACGUACCCUCACAUUCAGUAUAUGACGGUGAUUUGCGAUGCGAUGCCAUGUUUGCCCAUAACUGGCAUCGGAGAUGGGAGCAGAUGGUUGUCAUUGGGAGAUGUCUUGCAGGGUUUGUAUCGUAUGAUGAUGUGGAGAAUCAGCAGGGAAGAAUGGCAGAGCUUUCCGGAGAGUGACAAGGCUGCCAUUGCGAAGGCCUUCACUCGUAGGUGCAGAGCUCGAUGGAAUCCACAGCUGGUACGCGCUGAAAGACAGGAUGGUGUGAAGAGGGUGGAUCUUUUGUUGGGAAAGACGAUGUUCAGAGGGUUGAUUGUUGAAGGAGGUGUUUUCAAGCUCAUUCUUUCGUGA